AUGGGAAAAGCAAUUGCGGAGAAUCUACAAAAUUCACCUGAUCGUGAAGCUCUGAACACCGAAGAGAUCAGAAAAAACAAUGUGGAUUUCUCAUUAGUAAAAAUUGAAGUUGAAGAAAAAUCAAAAGAAAAGGAUUCAGGUUUAGAUGAACGGUCACCGGUCCGGGUUGAACCCGAUUCAUUGACCAUUAGUGUUGAAUCUGAUUCUGAGUCAAUGGGCUAUACUAUUUUUUCUGAUAGUAGUGAGCUUUCAUAUUCAGAUUGUGCCGAAUCGCUUCCUUUAACAGUUGUGCCUAUUUCUUUUAUUGAGCCCGAGGAUUUCAAAGAGUCAGAUGAAAAAACUAUGCCUAUUGAGCAUAUGCUUCUUAAAAUGGUGGGAGUUGACAUGUGUAACUUAGGCAACACAUGCUUCUUGAAUGCGGUUGUGCAAUGUUUUAUGCACAGCUUGGUGUUGCUUCAGCUUCUUGCAUCGUUUGAUCAUGUAUCACCAUGUGAUACUCACUUGACCGGAUUCUGCGUAGUUUGCAUGAUUCGGCAGAUAGUUGACCUUUCUAUGUCUGGUGUCUCUGAUAAUGUCACGCCAAAGAAAAUUUUUAGCCACUUGAGAGAUUUUUCACUUACUUUCCGACCGAAUCAACAAGAAGAUGCACAUGAAUUCUUACAAUGCUUUCUCAAUAAGCUUGAAAUUUGUUGUAACAAUUUAGAGCCACGAAACAACAUUGUGAAGGAGGCCUUUGGUGGUCGCCUUGUGAGCAUGCUUCGUUGUUUCAAUUGUCGUCAUUUAUCUGUCACACACGAGCCUCUAAUCGAUCUAAGCUUGGAGAUUGUGGACGUUGAUAGUGUACCAAAAGCAUUGGAGUCUUUCACUAAAAUCGAGAAAAUUAAAUUUUCUUGUGAAAAGUGCAAGACACAAGGGCCAUUUGAGAAACAACUCCUCAUCGAUCGUGCCCCUUCUGUUGCUACCCUUUGUUUGAAAAGAUUCAAUAAUGACCGGUUUGUUGUUCAGAAGGAAGAAAUGAAAUACGAUUUGUAUGCAGUUAUAGUGCAUUCGGGGUUUUCAAUCUCUUCAGGACACUAUUACAGCUUCAUUCGUUGUAAUCCAAAUGAAUGGUACAAAUUUAAUGACGAGCAGGUUCAUUGGGUUCACGAAGAUCAUGUUUUGGCAGAGCAGGCGUACAUUUUGUUUUAUGCAAAAAGAGGCACUCAGUGGUUUUCAGAUUAUAGACAAAUCCACAAACCCUUCGUAAAUCUGGUUACCCCCUCAACUUUUUCAUGCAUUCCAAAUAAUCAUGCUUCUGAUGUUGGUGAAUCCAAUCACGCGGCAGAUGACACAUCUCCGAAGCCUACAUCCAACAAGAGAAUCAAAGGAUACUAUUAG